AUGUGGGGUCUGGUUCUCGCGCCUCCUCAUUCCGACAUAGAGAGAGAAGGGGAUGCAAAGGAGAGGCAACACAAACAGCACUUUCAGCAGGGCGUACGUGCUCUGUCCGGUUCCCCCCUCCUCCGUCGUGCCAGAAACUCUCGCCGGUAUCCGUCUCUUUGCUGGCGUUGCAGAGGCGGCCUUGAACCGUCUCCGCUCUCCGCUCAUCACGCUAGGCAGGACGUAUCCAAGAUGAGCAAUGCAUGCGAAUGCUGCCACAGAAAGCUGAGGUUCAUAAGACAGAUUAAAGGAAACUUCAUGCAUAGCAUGGUCAUACCAGAGUGCUUUGUGAAGUAUUUUGGAAGAAAGAUCCCGGAAAGCGUCAUACUAGAAGCUCCUAAUGGUAACAUAUAUGAUGUUGGAGUUACUGAGAGUAUGAACAGAACAAUCCUCAAGUCUGGAUGGGCGGAAUUUGUUGCUGCCAAUAUAAUAGAAGAGAAUUAUUCCUUGAUGUUUCGAUACCUUGGAAAUGCCCGCUUUGAGGUUACAAUUUUUGAUUCCAAUGGCCAGGAGAAAGCCUUGUGCUGUGCUGGGAUGAAAACUGCCUCUGAUGUGAAAACACCAAACAGUCACUAUGUUGGUAAUUCAAGCAGUUCACGUCAUGGCACUACUCAGUUGUCAUCGGGUGAAGGAUCAGAUUCAGAUGGAUGCCCAAAGGAAAUCUCAUGCCAUUAUUGUGAAUCAGCAAAGAUGGCUGCAUUAUCUUAUACUUCUGAUGAAUUUUCGGAAGACAAUCCAUCUGCAGAUGCAUCAAUGGAGUUCGACGGUCUUCAGAUGCUCCCAAAAGACUGUGUCUUAUCAGGGCGAUGCGCUCUUACAGUAGCACAGAAAACAAAAAUACAUGCAUUCGUAGCUGAAAUUCAACCGAAAAUUCCAGUGCUUGUUGUAAUGAUGAAGAAGACAAAUGUUGAACCUAAGACUGAUCUGGUAAUACGCAAGGACUAUGCGCUCAUGCACUUUCCAUGUGAAAGCCAAACAAUCACCCUCCAGGUGCCUGGGAAGAGCAAGGAUUGGCAAUGCAAUUUACGCGUCAGGCCUGAUGUUGGGUGCAACCUACGCUUAGGCAACUUUGUCCAUGACAAUAGUGUUAAAGUGGGUGAUAUCUGCCUCUUUCAACCAAUGACAAAUGCUAAGCAGGGAACAUUCAAAAUGAUUGUCCAUCUCCUUCAAAAAGCAAGCAUUGAUCAUUCUCCUGGUGGAAGAACUGACAUUGGCUUAAAUGAUGGAUGGACAAGCACAGAGGUGGCUGGUGUUAAGGAUGAACCCCCUGCCGAUGGUGAAGAGAUCUCCUUUUCGGAUCGUGAAAAGCAUGGAGCCUCUAAAAGUUCUGAGGGAAAUUCUGUGGAGUCUGAUUACCGUCAGGUGCUUCCAGAUGAUAUUGUCUUAUCAGGGCGUUGCUAUCUUACGGAAGAACAGGAGGUGAAAAUACAAGCACUUGUAAGCAGAAUGCGACCUAAAAUCCCGGUGCUUGUUGUAGUGAUGAAGAAGACCAAUGUAAAACCAUAUGGUAAUCUGGUUAUACGCAAGGAUUAUGCACUCCAGUACUUUCCAUGUGAAGAUACAAAUAUCAUACUCCAAGUGCCUAUGAAAAAAACUACCUGGAAGUGCAAAUUGCAAGUCAGGCCAUCUGGCGUGUCUGAUGCAGGUCGGCGCAACCUUUAUUUGGGUAACUUUGUUAGGGACAAUCAUGUCAGAGAGGGUGAUAUCUGGCUCUUUCAACCAAUGGCAAAUGGUAAGAACGGAAGAUUCAAAAUGAUUGUCCAUUUCCUUCACAAAGCGAGCAUUGAUCAUUUCACUGAUAGAAGAACUGGCAUUGGCUCAAAUUAUGGAAGGACAAGCACAAAUGUCACUGGUGUUAACGAGCAACCACCGACUGAUGGUGAAGAGACCUCCUCUUCAGACCAUGAAGAGCAUGGAACCUCUGAGAGUUCUGAAGGAGCUUCUGAUCCUCCUUUCAUUCUGCCAGGCAGAAUUCGUCUAACACCAGCGCAGGAGAAGAAAGUGUUGGAAAAAGUUGAAGAAAUUGAGAGAGAACUACCCAUUUACGUUGCGAUCAUGAACAAGAUAAAUGUCUGUCGCCGCAAUACCUCUCCCAUCUUAAACUUUGGUGUACGGUACGCUACCACAUAUCUUGAAAAGAAGCACGCUACUGGGCAUCAUGGAAAGGAGGGUGUCAUCAGUUUGGUGCUUCAGCGUGAUCGGAAGAGGGGGACGUGGGCCACUGAGAUGCGAUGGUCUACCCACCGCACGGGCCCUCAGCUGAGGGUUGUCAAAGGAUGGCCCUCGUUCUCCCGUGCCAACCACCUGCGGGAGGGGGACCUCUGCCUCUUCAAGCUGAUGAACAAUGAGGAGCUGCUCAAGAUGGUGGUCUACAUCAUUCGCCGUGAGAAAUGUUAGCCUGAAGCAAGUCUUGCAUGUUGCUCUGAUGAUUUGGAACUCUGAGAGUGGAAUGUGGUUCAAAUGAGGAGUGAUACCCCAAGAAACUUAUGUGCUUUCUGUCCUUGCAGGAUAUUUCAGUUGUUUGUUAGUUAUAUCAGAGAUUUGUUAUCUGCAUUCUAGAGUUAUUUUGGGUGGUCAAGUUUGAACAACUUAUCUAAUAUCUGUACUUUUGGACGUUAUCUCA